AUGGCGUAUGCUUACCACAGGUCGAGCUGGUUAGUGGCAGGACGGGCUGACCCAGCACCAACCAGCCGACUUUACACUCACCCUGAUACACCAAUUACAGCUGAACAGCUCUCAAAGCAGGUCAUAUCAUUUGAAAAAGUAAAGCUGACGAACAAUGAACUGAACAGACAUGGCCAAAUAGUUCUUAAUUCUAUGCAUAAGUUUCAACCUAGAAUCCAUUUGGUUCAAGUGGAAAAUAAUAUAAAGAUUGUGGAUGAUCUGAAGAAAUUUAAGCACAAAACCUUUGUUUUUCCUGAGACAAUGUUUAAUGCAGUGACUGCAUAUCAAAAUCAACUGAUUACGAAGUUAAAGAUUGAUAGUAAUCCAUUUGCGAAAGGGUUUCGUGACUCCGGAAAAUUCUCCGAAGAAGAGAGUGAAAGGAUCGAGUUCAUGAUAGAAUCCAAAUCAAGGUUAGCUUCCACUGAACAGUCUAAACAUAUCUUUUCAACAGUACGGCCUGUCCAGAUCUCUACGAGUAAAUUCAUUCCGGAACCUUCAAUAGUUCCUUCUUCUUUAUUUCUAGCUUCACAGUUCAGGAAAGCAUACCUUGCAAAUGAAGGAAUACCUCCUCAUGGUUCUUUCAACUUUGAUGAUGUUCACUGCACAUUUCCAUUGCUAGACCAUCCUUAUAACUUUCUGUCGCGACCAGUUCAUCCAUUCUUGAACCCAAGAUUGAGCUGGAUUACCAGGACUAGUCUCAAUUCCGUUCUUCCAUCAUUCUGGAGUCACUGGUUGCAACUUCAUAACCUUCAUUCAGCCCUGAAUUACAGAGCACAGGGUCUUCCGCCUGAACCAAAGAAAACAGAACCUGGAAAGCCAGAUUUAUCGUCACUUAAUAGUUGAAUUACAAGACAACAUAAUGCUUUAGCGUACAUUGAACUAAUAGAUGUAAAGUCGGAUAAUUAGAAUUUUUACAUAAUUGGAGUGUUCGCGAAAAAUGAAAGGUGGUAUAGGCUUACGACG